AUGGCUCCAGCACCAUCACGUAUCACUCCCUCACAGGGAGAUGCGUUUAUCAACAAUGGACCGCACUGGACCACCGGGCUGCCUCAGGACUGGAGAGAUGCUUGGGGUUUGGUUCACCUUCCUGCUCUACCGCCUGAAUACGACUCUGAAUCUGCUUCUUCUUCUUCUUCUUCUUCUUCUUUCUCUUCGCCCCCUCGCCCUGCACCAUCUGUUUCCCCUCCUCGUCUCCCUCGUUCUACCUGGCACUCUGCACCAGACACCCACAUUUACCCUCACCAAUACGAUCAAUACGCCUAUCAGGAUCUCCCAGACGCUCCUCAAUAUCAAGGCUCUCUUCAAGGUCAACAACAGCCACAAGCUCAAGACUACCAGCCCCAUCCCCAUUCUCAUCAUCUCGAUCAAACCGUCCCCCAGAGCCAACCCGCUCCUCACUCCACUCAGCCUCCUGACAGUCCACCUCCGCCGUACCUGCUUCACCCAGAUCUUUCUGAGAAGCUGUAUGAUUUUACCCAGCAAACUGUGGAUCAAAUCACCAACACUCUGGGUGCGGAUCGUUUCCACGAGGGACCUACAGAGUCAGUAGUUAGGGAAUUGGAGUCUGCUGGAUCUUGCUUCGACCGAGAGCUAAACUUGCUUUUCGAAGAUCAAGUCGACUCUGAGACUCAGGAAGCUAUCGACUGGAUGAUCAAAGAGCCCGCCCAUUGGCCUCUUGACGAAUCUCUCGAGUCUGUUGUCAACGAGUCACUUCAAGAGAUGAUCAAGGAUUCAGCUGAAGCAGUUGCCGACCCCUCCAAGCACAGCUGUGCCUCUCCUACGCCUUCCUCCUUCGACGUCGGUGUUUCCGACGUUGUCGAAGCUCCAGCCGAACCCAACAAAAGGGUUCGUGUCCGCCUCUACAAGAACAAGGCAGGACGCAAGAAGCGCCGCGAGAGACAGCUGCAGAAGAUGGCUCGGCGCACCUCCAACCAUCCCGAGCCCGCCAGCGGCUUCCCUGGCGAUGCUUCGCCAAACAGCAUCGCCGACACCAUCAUCGGGUCGGACAUCGACGUCGCGCAUUCGCCCUCCCCUCCGCCUUCCCGCUUGCCUCUACCCACUGAGGCCAUGCCAGUUGUUCCUUCGGCGCCGGCUAACCCCGAGGCCCCGCCCAAGAAGAAGCAGAAGGCGAAGAAGAAGAAGGGGAAGAUUCAGGCCGAGAAGGCCGGUGACAACAUCUCUUGGGAGUCUUUGGAUGCCCAGCUCACGGCGUCGGCUGCGCCUGCCCAGGAGGAGGAGGAGAGAGCUGCCUCCCUCUCUGCCGCCCCCCGUGUUGGCGAUGUGUCCCCUCACUCUGUAGACCAGAGUGAGAACAGCUGGGUUCAGUGGCCAAUGCACGGUCGGUCGGUAUCAGCUCAGCACUCGCACGACGGUGGUCACCAGAUUGGGUAUGAACAGCCCUGGUCUGGCGUCGUUGCGGGUCCUUCUGGAGAUGGACCGAUGUGUGGGUUCUGCCCAGCCUGCUGCCACCACAAUGGCAAUCACCGUUGCAGCUGCUGCUGCCUCCAUGGCCCAGCUGACUGCUGGUAUGCGUCGGAUAUCAAUUCCCCACGCAAUACCGAUUUGCUUGUCGCCGCCCCGCCCCCGCCUGCCGCCGACCAGGAGCUUGCGCCAGCGGUUGCUUCGCUAUUCGAAGCGUACCGUAUGUCGAAGAUGUCGAGUCCCAAGUCCUCGAGCUUGGGUGAGCCUGUCAGUGAGCCCAUCGUUGAGUCGGAUUUGCUGUCUGUCGUCGAUCGACAGUCGUCCCGGGCUUCGUCUGCCUCUAACCAGGCACCAAACGAGCCCGCUGUCGUCUCAUCCACGGCAGACACCGACACCACCCUGGAUGCUUGCACCAUUCAGGAGACAACCCCGGCCAACAACUCGCAGAAUAUGAGUUUACGCCAGGCUCACCCCGGCCAGUUCUUGACUCCGGAGGACUUGAAGUCCCCCAGCCUGUACUUUGACGCCAAGUCAAAGAACCCGAGCUCCUCCGUUCUGGCUUCCAGUGAGUCGAAUGAGGCUUCGCGGGAUACUAGCCGCAAGCCAUCGACCGCCGCCAGCAACGACCCCGAGGAGAAAGGUGCGUCAAUUUCGGCUGAGGACACCCCGGAGAAUCGCAAUCAGGGUUGCCAGAAUUUGCCUACCGACACCCGUCAACAGUCCCCCCAGCCAGAAGCCAUUGGCCCUCUGGCUUUCCAGACUGAGCAUGUCAAGACGCUGUUUUGCAAUCUUGAGUUUGCCGACGUUCAGCUCCUGCUGAGUCCCGAAUUGUCCCAUCCUCUCAUCGUUUAUAAUCUCCACAAGGCGAUCAUUGCUGGGAGCCCCUUCUUGCACGACGUGAUGGCGGCCAAGAGACACCGUGAUGGGGGUGUCGACCAUAUUCGCGCUUUCACUGGAAUCUCAUUCUCUUGUUCAUACGCCUUCACCAUGGCCCUUCAGGUCCUGUACGGAGUUCCCCUCGUCACCAAGGAGACCCUUCGCAAGUUCGCUCUCCAAGGACUGGGCCUUCCCGACGACAACGGUACAGGCACCUUCUCUUUUUCCAUUGAGCGUGCCCUGGUUGAUUUUGCUCUUUGCUACGCUGCCGCCGGUGCCUUCCUCGCACGUCGCGAGAUCACCGAGCGAGGUAUUGACUUGGCCAUCGAUCACAUUUCCUGGGAGACUGCGGAGUUUAUCCUCAGCUUUGGCAUGACCCCCGUCAGUUACAUGGUGACCUGCCCCGAUGUGCCUUUCUCUCCAAUCAGCCCCGCCAACUCGCGCUCGUCGUCUCUCUCCAUUGCCCAUGACAUUGGUACUCCCGUCGCUGGACUCGAUCAUUUCCACGACUUCCACUAUGUGCAGGCACAACGAGCUCAGAAUGCUGCCCUGCAAUUCAUCACCGCAGCAGUCACGCUGGAAUUCGAACUGUACCGACGCGCCCAGGCUCACUACACCCCGAGUCGAAUUCCGCCUGCUCUACACACCCUCCCAGGCUCCCUCCUAUCUAACCCACGCCUGGAAGAGAUCCGAUUUGGAAGUUUCCCAUCCUUCGCCGACCUGCGUCCCACCGACCAAGCCAUCCUCGUUCCUUCCGCCAUGUUGAUCACCCUCCCAUACCCGGUCUUCAUGGCUGCUCUUGAUACUAUGAAAGCUCGCGGUAACCUACGCGCCGAGCUGAUCAAGGAGGUCGUGGAGGAGCGCGAGGCACGUCGCCUGAAUGCGCUGCGUGUCUCUCUUCGCGUUGAUCCAAGCAAGGUCGCUCCCGAGGCCUAUGAGGAAUUGAAGUACCGGGAAUUCGUCACGAUGGAGCCAAGCGAAAACACCAAUGAUCAAAACGCGGAUGCGCUCCGUGCACCGGUCGACCGGGUCUUCGUUGGAGAUGAUUUUCCAAACAAGGCGCUCCUGAGACCCCGUCGCCGUGCGCCUGCCGAUGGCUCCGGCCCUUCCCGCGCGCGCAAUGCCACCUGA